GUUCUCACAUCACAACACCCACCUCACCUCCCUCACGUACCGCGCCGCCGCGCCGCUCGAUGCGCGCCCGCCACUUGACCGACCGCGCCGCGCGCGUGGACGCGAGCCGGCCACUGACGCGUCGGCCCCGGCGGCGGUAAGAAAGACAGAGAGCCCGUCGCGAGGUUUCACCACCGGACCUGCUUCCCCGACCCGGGCGCCGGUGCCCCCAUAAACCCGAGAGCGACCACCACCGCUGCCCGGCCGAAACACAACGUCAUCCGCCUGCGCCGAUCCACACGCCGGCUGCCCGCCUAGGCCGGCUAGCUAGCUAGCUCUGCUCGUCGGCAGCACCUGCGUCGGUCGCUCCGAUCGCGUGCGCGCUCCGGCGUCCCACGCCGCCGCCGCGCGCGCGCAUGCAGGAGCCCGGGCGCCGGCCCGCGCCGCCGUUCGCGGGCGUCGACCUCCGCAGGCCCAAGGGCUACCCGCCGGCGCCGACGGCCGCGGAGGCGGAGGACCCCGCGCCGGCGCCCGCCGGCGACCCGUGCCCGCGGUGCGAGUCGCGGGACACCAAGUUCUGCUACUACAACAACUACAACACGUCGCAGCCGCGCCACUUCUGCAGGUCGUGCCGCCGCUACUGGACCAAAGGCGGCUCCCUGCGCAACGUCCCCGUCGGCGGCGGCACCCGCAAGAGCUCGUCGUCGUCGUCGCCGGUCCCUCCCUCGCCCGCCGCCGCGCCCAGGAGCACGAAGCGGUCGAAGGAGUCCAAGCGCCGCCGCGUCGCCCCGGCCCCGGACCCCGCUCCCGGCACGGACGCCUUCGCCGCCGCCAUCACCGGCGUCGCGAACACCGCCCCGACGCCCGCGCCGGAGACGGUGGCCGCCGGGGAGAAGCCUGCCGCGCCGGUGCCCGCAGCGACGGUUGCCGCCAAGGAGAAGCCGGCAGCGACGGUUGCCGCCACGGAGAUGCCGACCGCGCCCCCGGCGGCCGUCAGCGGUUUCACGGACACGUCCACGGCGCCCGGGGUCAGGCUCGCAGACGUUGGCAGCGAUGCCGAUGGCGGCAAGGAGCCGCUGCCGGACCCGAACCACUUCGAGUGGCCGUCGGGCUGCGACCUGGGGCCCUACUGGGGCACCGGCGUGUUCGCCGACACCGACCCGGCGCUCUUCCUCAACCUGCCGUGAGGCCGCGAGCAGAGCGCGCACCAUGGCUAAGUUAACCGAUCAACCAUCAGGACGCACGAGACGACGACGCAUCAUGAUCAGCUCCUGAAGCUGAAGCUGGCUGCCGCAGUUUCCUGAGUCCACUGUAGUGAUCACUCUACCCCUCUAGUUCUCUUAUUACUAUUGUUCUGCUGGUUUUAAUCGCCGCUUUUACUCCAACCUAAAGGCUGACAUGGGAUAUCUAGCUGGGAUUUGCAACAACUCUGUGCUUGUUAGUAUGAGCUAAUCGAUUCAUGGUGCUCUCAAUAAAGGCCAUGAAAAUCA